CUCGUACUUCAUAUAUUUUUUUAUAAUCUUUGUUUUAGGCUGUUUUUGUGUUGAGGAAAAUGGCGGAACGAACAAAUUUAACAGAAAAUAAAUUGGCUGAAUGUAGGGAAGCGUUUGCUCUAUUCGAUGCCGACGGCGAUGGCGCAAUCACAACUACUGAAGUAGGAACUUUGUUGCGUUCAUUAGGGCAGACUCCAACGGAGGCGGAGGUCCGAGAAAUGGUGUCGCUCAUUGAUACAAAUGGAAAUGGUAUGAUUGAAUUUGAAGAAUUUGUUGACUUAAUGCUAAAAACGAUGGAUGGUGAAACUACUGAGCGAGAUUUCCGUGAAGCUUUUUCUGUUUUUGAUAGAGAUGAAAAUGGUUUCAUAACAGCAGAUGAGUUGAGGUACAUAUUGACGCAAUUGGGUGAAGCGUUAACAGAUGAUGAGGUCGACGAUAUUAUACGCGAAGUCGAUAUAGAUGGUGACGGACAAAUCAAUUAUCAAGAAUUUAUAGUAAUGAUGACCAUGUAAUGUAACACUCUAGCCUGAAAAUGUUUCUCCUAAAACGAAUAUCACCACAUAUUUCUGGAUUUCAUGUCAAAUAAUCAUAGAAAAGAUAAAGAAACUGCCUCAACACAAAACAAAUAAAAAUUUAUAAAGUAAAU